AUGAAUCGAUUAUCUAUCUAUCUAUCUAUCUAUCUAUCUAUCUAUCUAUCUAUCUAUCUAUCUAUCUAUGUUGAUGAUAUCUAUAUGUUGAUGAUAUUCUUAUUUUCCUUUCCUGUCCAUCUUCGUUCGAGAAAUCUUUUUCUUCUUUUUCUUUUUUUCUUCCUUUUCUUUUUCUUGUUCUUUAUUCUUUUCCUUGUUGAUGUUGUUCUUCUUUUUUCUUAUCUCCUUUCUUUUCUUCUUCAUCUGUUACUUUUUCUUGUUCGUUUUCUUCUUUUUCUUCUUCUUUUUCUUCUUCUUCUUUUUCUUCUUUUUCUUCUUCUUCUUUUUCUUCUUCUUUUUUAUCUUCUUUUUCCUUCCAUUCUGUUCAUCUUCUUGCCUGUCGGUAUCACUUCCUUUCUCUUCCCAAAAUUACAUUCAUUUCUACCCCAUCCCCCACGAAACAAACCGAUUCCAUCCAUUUCUCCCCUCCCUCCCCUUAUCCCACUGAAACCCGGUACAGCAUUCAAAGAAUCAGAACCCGUUUCUUCAAAAAGCCUUUUCUAUCUUUGGUACUCAGUUUCCGACCCUGUGGCCCACCACCCUGCUCCUUUCAACUCAUGA